GGUUAUCUUCUUCUAGGUAUCGAAGAGCUCACGUUGUUAACGGCAGACAAGAAUUGGAGUCAUUUCAACAACCACGAUGAUUUUCCAGUGCUUUUUAAUCUUCCUUCUUCAUGGAGUCGUGGAUUGUGCGGUUAACUGCAACGUUCACGGUGACGGGAAUUAUGAAAUAUCGUGUUACGAAUACACCACGUGUGUGAAUGGGGUACCUACCGUUCAUACCUGCCUGGACGGCCAGAUGUAUAACCCGAACACACAGCAAUGUGACCAUUCGUGGAAUGUGCCUCCGCCGUGUAACAUUGUAGUUGACUGUACUAAUAAGCCGGACUUUAAAUUCGCUGACUUGGAAACUAGCUGUAGGUCUUACUACACCUGUCAUAACGGAUACUUCUAUGGCCAUAACUUCUGUUCCCCGGGUCUGGUAUUUGACGAGAGCAUGCAGAUCUGUAACUGGCCUUUCAAUGUGGUAACACCCUGUGGAACGAUUGAUAACAACUAUCUCGUCGGUUGAUCGGAUGAAGAUUGUUUAUGAGA